AUGGAUGGGUCGGAUCCUCCUCCACAAAAGCGCCAGAAGCGUGAGCCAUCAUCAUCGCCUCUAGCGAUCGCUGACAUCGCCCCCAGUAGCCGAGUCAUUGAUCAGAAGGAUACACAUGGCGAAUCCGAUACCUUUGGUUGGGUUUCUUGCUCGGAAAAUAGCGAAGCCGAACGUCUCGCCAUCAAGGAGAAAGCUGUCGAGCAAGCCCAGGGAUUCUGCGCAAAGCUCUAUGUGAUGCUCCAAGCGGCUAUCGAAGACAUUCAAGCUGGCUCCGAUGAUGCAGUCAUCAUGGGACAAGAAAUCAUCAAGCAAUGGCUUUCAGAGCAUGAUAAAGUCUGUGCCCAACAUCGCGACUAUGGAGUGUUGGUUGGUGUCGAGGGCCCAACCGGUGCUGGGAAGUCUUCAUUUCUGGGCUCACUUCUUCGGAUCGAAGAACUUCUACCCUCUGGCCAAGAAGGAGCUGCUACGGCAGUUGUUGGGAAGGUCUCAUGGAACUAUGACGACACCCCAGGCCAUGAGUACCGUGCAGAAGUCAGCUUCCGAAAGAAGGCUGAAGUUGAAAGAGAGCUCUCUCUGCUACUUCUGGAGAUGAGUCGUCGCAACGAUAUUGAAGAAGAUGACUAUGAGGAUGAGGGUAAGAGAGCCGAGGAUAUGGCAUUCGCAACAAAUUCUAUCAACCACCAACUACCCAAAUUUCAGGCUGUGUGGAACCUCGAUGAAGAACUACUUGGAGAAUAUGCUGAAAAUUGCAACACGUUCGAAGGAGAACAAGCUGCUAUCAAACAGAUUCUUGAGUCCAAUCCAGUCGCACUGCAUCUCAUGAACGAAGGCACUCGACAUCUAUUCAGCUCUGAGCCACAAGAUCUGUCCUAUGAGAUCAAGCCCUUCCUGGAUUCCACUACACACAAGUAUGGUGGGAAAAUCGCCUUCUCAGCUUGGCCCCUUGUCGAGAUGGUAAGUAUCUUUGUCAAAGCCGACAUUCUGAAAACGGGCAUCAACUUAGUCGACUUGCCAGGAUGUGGCGAUGCCGUCGACAGUCGUGCAGAGGUUACUCGGAAGUUCAGGGAGAACCUGGAUGUCCGGAUGGUGGUAAGCCCUAUUUGCCGAGCUGCGGACGAAAAAGAGGGCAGAGCUCUGAUACAAAGUGGCUACGAGGAAGCUCAGAUGAAGCUCGAAGGAAAGCUCAACAGUCGUGGCUUCUGCGUCGUUCUUUCUAAGAUCGAUGAUAUUACGGUCGAGAGCUAUAUCAAAAGCUCAGAACUGGGCCAGGACAAGGAAAUCGUCAAGAAAGUGGAUUACCUCAAGUCUUUGCGCAACGAGAAAAGCAGACUUCGGAGCACGUACAACUCUCUCCAAACAGACAAGCGAAAAGCUGAGCGGAACUUCUCAAAAGCGAGCGCCAUGUACCAACGCCAAUCGGAGCGUGUUUCGAAGUAUUCGGACGCCGCAGCUGUUCCUCAGAGCGUCUCGAAGAAGAAGCAAGAUCUCAAACGGGCUAAAGGCAAAUGCAAAGCGGCGAUCAAGGAGGCAAUUAUUGCAUCGGAAGAUUUUGACAAGAAAAUGAGAGAUCUGGACUUUCGCGUUGAACAACUAGACACCUGGCUCUAUCACCAAGCCAUCCAGACUCGCAAUACCAAUGUCGAGAGAAAGAUCCACGACAAGUUCUCGAGGAAACACGCGAAAAACACCAACGGCGCCAUGGAUGGAUCGGAAGAUCCACGCUUGCUGAGUGUCCUGCCAGUAUCCACCAAGGCCUUCUGGCAGGUUAAGAAUCUGUCGCAACCGAUGGCGGGAUUUCCGACCCAGCGAUGCACUGGCGUUCCAGCGGCCGAGCAGUGGCUGCACUACGCGACGUUGGAGAGACGCGAGAAGCACCUAGAUACAGUGCUUUCUAACUUCCACAAGCUGAUGGAGAAAGUAUGGAGCUAUUCGAAGGAACAAUGCCGAGGGACGGAAUCCAAGUUCACCAAACAUGAGGUUGAGAGUUCGCUGGCAGACGCACAUGCGACGUUUGACCAUAAGUUCAGAGACUUCUUUGCGAAGUGGAGUAAAAAGAUCCAGGAGAUUCAGCCGUUGCCCAACCGCACUGAUGAGAUGAAACUCUUCAACAAGAAAGCCCGUGCUAAGGCAGCGAGAUGGUCGUACAAGUAUCCAGAAGACCGCGGAUCACUCGAGAAACUGCACUGGAAUACCUACCAGGCCAUCCUCUUCCGCGGCGGGGUUCGGUUCACAAGCAGAGGCGCGACAUCGGUGGUUUAUACCUGGCUAGAGGACUUGGCUACACUUCUUCUCACGGACAUCGCUGAGAAGUGGGAUGAGAAGCUCAACAAGUACCUUCCAGGUCUCAAAGACCCGAUCAUGGAGCAGUUUUCGGAAAUCUGGAAGGCCUACUUGCAGAGUCUUCUCUUCGCCAUCCACGAGCGUGCGCCUUCGCUAGAGCCGGAGUUUACGAAGCUUAUUCCUGCACUCCAGGACCUCCAGAGAACUGUCGAGAACAACAUUAGGCAAACUCUGGACAAUCUGUCGCACGACGCAUCUCACACUCAUACUGAGAUCCUGGCAGACCUUGAAAUGCAGCUGGCACCGACUUUCCGGAAGGCGUUAGAAAUACGUGGGAGAGGUAUGCAUCAAGCCCGGCAAGAUCUCGUCAGUAGAAAGAUCAACAAAGAAUUCAAGACUAUGUCUAUCGAUGUUAUGAAGACACUCGGCGGGAAACUUGACGAGAGAAAGGACAUGAUUCCUGGCGAGCUCGAGAUUAUUGCAACGUCCGUGAUCGAGGAUGUCAGAGCCCUAGUGGCAUGCCUGAUCAACAAUCUCCUCGAGAACUAUGCCGAGGGAACUGAGGUUCAAUGCCGAAAGGAAGUUCUCCACCAGCAGGUCCGAGAGGUGCUCUUGGAGAUGGAAAGCCGGUGGCGGUUCCAUUCGCAAAAUGAUGGCCACAUCCUCUUGCAGGAUCUGAGCAUCCCUAAGAACUUGGACGACGUCUUGGUCAAGCAGGAAGAUCAGGAGAGGCAGAUGUUCGACUGGAAUGAGGAGCUUGCAGAACUUUCGGAGUGAGUGGGUGAUACGGAAGCACGGGUUUGGAGUUAUUGCUUGGCAUUGAAGAUCAUCGGUCUCUGGGCGGGACUACAUUUCUACAUUCCAUGGGGAACAUUGCUAUAAAAUGGGGUUUGAGAGGAUCUGGAGUCAACUUUGCUCUAAAAUUCAACUAGGAGAUACGACGGGCGCAAAUUAUCUAGCUAUUC